CUCAAUCCCUGCCUACCCGCGCGCAGCAGUGACUCAUGCUGACAGCAGGAGCGGCGGCUCGAGGGAGCGGCCGCCGCCCCCGAGUGCACGUCGUCGACGGGAGGGUCUUGGUGUACGACCCGGCGAGCGCGGCCACCCUCCUGUCCGAGCAUCGCAUCUGGGCAACCCCUGUCGGCGUCAGGAGGCGAACGUACCGAUGACCACUAAGAAGGUCUGUCAUGACCCACCGCGCUUGUUGGACUCGGAAUGGCGAUUUCCUGAGACCGCGGUAGAGACAAAGUCAAUGGCCGUGUUCGAGGAUCUGUGGGCCAAGGGAUUGUGCCCGGCCAGCGGGAGUAAUUACGCCGCGGACUUCGUGGUGUACAACGGUCCUCCAACAGAGCGCCACUCAAUCGCCGCCGUGAUCGUUAGCCGGGGGGCCAACGACGAGCUGUCCCCGGCGGAGGUGUCCGGCUUCACUCGAGUACAGCAGGCGGUGGGGAAGCGGGCGGUCAUCGCGACGGCCCCCCUCACGACGAAUGGUACCUCGCCGGUGGUGGUCGGGGCAACUACGCUGGCUUCGGCUGCAGCGGCAGCGGCGGCAGUGGUGGCACCCCGUGGCAGCGAACGGAAACCGACCGGGGUCGAAGUCCGGACAAGCACGCCUCGCCGGCAUGAAGGCGGACAAGAAACAGCAUCAGGCACAGUUUCGGGGACGGCGUCAAAAGAACCGCCCACACCAGCACCUGCCGCAGCAGACGCAGCGGCGGCAACGGCGGCGGCGGCGGCGGCGGCAG